AAGAUAGACAAAGUACAGUGAAAACAGGAGGAGUCUAGUAGUUUUAAGUAAAUAUUAAAUGAUGCGGCACAAAAAUGUUAAAUUAUAUUGCAAAUACCUAAUGAUUACUCAUAAUUUAGUUUUUGAUAAUUUAGUCUUCAAAAAGAUAUUUUUCUGGGUUAAAAUCACAUUUGCUUUCAUUCCUAGACAAAAUAACUAUUUAGAGAGUAUUUCUCUAGAUGCUACCUACAAGUGCUGCCUAGAUGCCCUUGGGUGGACUCUCCUGGUUCAGCAGUCAGUAGCUCAGCUGCAGGCACUUUUUUGUCCACUGUGACUAAGUGGAAACUUUGAAAGGUCUAUAGUUUUUUGAAAAAGAUGGAAUUUUUUUGAAUUUGUAACCUCAACCACUUAAGAAGCUGAAUUUAACUUCACAGAUCAUUUUACAGAAAAUAAAACAUCAAGUACUCACAAGAUUGAAUUUCAGGAAACCCUUCUUGGAUGCAAGAUAAAGGCGGGGUGUAAAGUGAAAACAAAAGUAGCUGGAGUUAGGUCAUUUGAUUUUACACCCUGUACUCAAGACUGCUUCUCUCUGCCGACUGCAACAGAUUGGAACCAUGGAUUUGGAACAGAACCAGUCAACAGAUUAUUAUUAUGAGGAAAAUGAAAUGAAUGGCACUCACGACUACAGUCAAUAUGAAUUGAUCUGUAUCAAAGAAGACGUCAGAAAAUUUGCAAAAGUUUUCCUCCCUGUAUUCCACACAAUAGCUUUUGUCAUUGGACUUGCAGGCAAUUCCACGGUAGUGGCAAUUUAUGCCUAUUACAAGAAACAGAGAACCAAAACAGAUGUGUACAUCCUGAAUUUGGCUGUGGCAGAUUUGCUCCUUCUGUUCACUCUGCCUUUUUGGGCUGUUAAUGCAGUUCAUGGGUGGGUUUUAGGGAAAAUAAUGUGCAAAAUAACUUCAGCAUUGUACACAGUAAACUUUGUCUCUGGAAUGCAGUUUCUGGCUUGUAUCAGCAUAGACAGAUAUGUGGCAGUAACUAAAAGUCCCAGACAAUCAGGAGUGGGAAAAGCAUGCUGGGUGAUCUGUUUCUGUGUCUGGAUGGCUGCCAUCUUGCUGAGUAUACCCCAGCUGGUUUUUUAUACAGUAAAUGACAAUGCUAGGUGCAUUCCCACUUUUCCCCACUACCUAGGAACAUCAAUGAAAGCAUCAAUUCAAAUGCUAGAAAUCUGCAUCGGAUUUGUAGUACCCUUUCUUAUCAUGGGGGUGUGCUACUUUAUCACGGCAAGAACACUCAUGAAGAUGCCAAACAUUAAAAUAUCUCAGCCCCUCAAAGUUCUGCUCACAGUGGUUAUAGUUUUCAUUGUCACUCAGUUGCCUUAUAACAUUGUCAAGUUCUGCCGAGCCAUAGACAUCAUCUAUUCCCUGAUCACCAACUGCAACAUGAGCAAACGCCUGGACAUUGCCAUCCAAAUUACAGAAAGCAUCGCACUCUUUCACAGCUGCCUCAAUCCAAUCCUUUAUGUUUUUAUGGGAGCAUCUUUCAAAAACUAUAUUAUGAAAGUGGCCAAGAAGUAUGGGUCCUGGAGAAGACAGAGACAAAGUGUGGAGGAGUUUCCUUUUGAUACUGAGUGUCCUACAGAGCCAACCAGUACUUUUAGCAUUUGAAGGUAAAACUGCUCUGCCUUUUGCUUGGAUACAUAGGAAUGAUGCUUCCCCCUCAAAUAAAACAUCUGUAUUAUCCUGAAACUCAAAUUUCAAAUGUCAUGGUUGCAACUUAUAAUAAAGAAUGGGUUUGGGGAAGGGGGAGAAUAAAAGCCGAGAAGAGGAAAUAAGAUAAUAAAUGUACAAAACAUGAAAAUUAAAAUAAACAAUAUAGGAAAAUAGUAGUAAUGGGCAUAAGUGAAUAAAAACAAUCUGCUGUAAAGAAGAAGAGUUUCGUGGUGAUAGAAUAGUUUUGUAUGUUGGUUGCAGCGGUGGUUAUACAAAUACACAGUGAUAAAAUGGCAUAGAACUGUACACAUACAUUGUACCAAUUUUAAUUUCCUGAUUUUGACCAGGAAAUGGGGGGAAACUGGAUGAAGGGUAACCAGGAAUACUCUGUAUCAUCUUUGUAACUUCCUGUGAAUUUAUAAUAAUUUCAAAAUAAAAGAAGUUAAACAAACAAACAAACCUACUAUGCUAUAAAUUAGGCCAUCUAAAACAGAUUAUUAAAGAGGUUCAUGUUAAAAGGCAUUUAUAAUUAUUUUUAAUUAUCUAAGUUUGAAUAUAAGAACUAUUUCCCUGCAUAAUUGUAGUACUUGAAUAACUAUGCAGCAGAACUCAACCUAUCUUUUCUUUUCCUGUUUUGUUGGUUUGUAAGUAAUUUUAUAAAAUCCACGUCCUCCAAAACAACAGCAAAAAACUAUAAUAAGCUUUUCUGAUCCUUUUCAAAACAUUCCUGAUAAGUUCCUAAAGACAGAAUUUGCUUCCAUGAUAUAAACUUUCUUAGUAAUAACUGGUUAUCCUGACAAAUGUUAGGUUUAUCAUGUAUAGUCUAGGUGUAAUCCUCAGGUUAUCAUUUGUAUCUGGGUUCCAAUUUCUUAACUUCCUAAAUAACUUAUCCAUUUAUACGAGUCUAUCACUGAGGGUUGACUAAAACAUAUAUUAUCCCAUGCAUAAAGUGUCCCAAUUUUCAUUUAAACACUUUCUUUUUGAGUAAGUAAAAUAUGUACAAUAAAUUAAUGUUAAUAACAUGUACAGCUUAUCAUUUUAAAAAUAUUUGCUGUAAAUUAUUGUAAUUUAUGUAAUAUGCUCCUACUAAAAUUAAAUUUUGCUAGCAAUUACAUUGGUCAAAA